GCCAUGGCCAACGCGGGGCUGCAACUGUUGGGCUUCAUCCUAGCCUUCCUGGGCUGGAUCGGCAGCAUCGUCAGCACUGCCCUGCCCCAGUGGAAGAUUUACUCCUAUGCCAACGACAACAUCGUGACCGCCCAGGCUAUCUACGAAGGGCUAUGGAUGUCCUGCGUGUCACAGAGCACCGGCCAGAUCCAGUGCAAAGUCUUUGACUCCUUGCUGAAUCUGAACAGCACUUUGCAAGCAACCCGUGCCCUGAUGGUGGUUGGCAUCCUGCUGGGACUGAUAGCAAUCUUUGUGUCUACCAUCGGCAUGAAGUGUAUGAAGUGCAUGGAAGAUGAUGAGGUGCAGAAAAUGCGUAUGGCCGUCAUUGGAGGUGUGAUAUUUCUUAUUUCAGGUCUGGCGAUCUUAGUUGCCACAGCAUGGUAUGGCAAUAGAAUUGUUCAAGAAUUCUAUGACCCCAUGACUCCCGUCAAUGCCAGGUAUGAAUUUGGCCAGGCUCUCUUCACUGGUUGGGCUGCUGCCUCUCUUUGCCUUUUGGGAGGUGGCCUACUUUGCUGUUCCUGUCCCCGAAAAACAACCUCUUACCCAACACCACGGCCUUAUCCCAAACCUACACCUUCUAGUGGGAAAGAUUACGUGUGA